AAUAACAGUGUAAACAGAAUCUCAAGUGACUUAACAAACACAUAACUGGGAUAUGGAUAAUGUUAACAACCCAAUUCACAGGUUAUUUACAUUUGAUAGUUGAGUAAUGAUUACGGAUUUCCAUUCACCUGCAACUCUUUGGAAAGUGUUUUAUGAAGGAGUUACAUUCAGUGUUUUCCAGUCAAGUUUUGGUGAGUAAAAAUGACCUUGCCCAGCUUGCUACAGAGGUUACACAGCUCAAACAGACCUUGCCACUUGUCCUGAGCAAGCGCAUAGCAGACUACCAAACUAGGCUGAGUGGGCUACGGGAUGAAAAUGACCAUCUUCUGGAGCAAAUAAGUAAGCUUACCUCAGAGAAGGACCAGUGGAAAAACAAAUAUGAGACAGCAGUGGCCGACACACAGGCUGAGAAACAGGAGAGCCUCCGUCUGCGCUGUGAGGUGCAGCAGUUGGGUGAGCAGCUGAGCCGCCAGUCCGACUACUGUGCCAGUCUAGGGAGCUCUUGUUGCACGCUGCUGUGGAGAGUCUCCAAACGAGAUGACUGCAUUCAGGCCAUACUGGCAGGGACAAAGGUCGAUGAGUUCCUAUCGCUAGUAUCCAGCACCCUGGGUAGCUACGUGGCGGCGUAUCGCGCUGACUGGCCCAAGGACAGCACCGAGGAGGCGCAGUUCAUCCUGGCUCUAACUGGCACCAUCACAAAUAUCGCAGCUUCAGCGUAUGGUAGGGAUGUCCUGUGCACCAAUACCAUGGGACGCCAGGUCCUCGACACCUUCAUCACCGUCCUGACAGAGGCACCUUGCAGAAAAAGUGCACAAUUGAAAAAUUUUGUGCUGAUGUGCCUAUAUAAUGUGAGCAUCAACCAGAAAGGGGCAGCAUUGCUCGAGGGAAAGUCUGGACUGGUCUCACUCUGUGCUUGGCUACUCCAAGAGGAGUCCAAUUCAGAGCUGCGUCUCAACAGUCUACGACUGGUGCAGUCCCUGGUGUGGGAAAACAAGAACCCGGCACUUGUCAGGGAGUUACGGGAAGUGCUCCCAGUGUCUGCCCUAGAGACACUUUCCAAGGACAGUUACUCUGACAUUCGGGAACUAGCCCUCGAGCUGCUGUCUGAUAUCAGCAGAAUAUGUACUGAGGAUUGAAAUUAUCCUUCAGCAUAUAACUUAUGCCUUAUCAUGUUAUGGCUUCAAACCAUUUUGAUUUCAAGUUAUAGCUUGUCUUUUUAGCUCAACUGUGCACAACUUGCUUGGGGUCAGCUUGUGGCAUCACCUUUUGUCUUUCGUUUGUUGUACAUGGCCUGUAAACAACAUCUCCUAAAUCAUUAGGCUGAUGUUCACAAAACUUUACAUUAAUGAUCCUUGGGUGACUGCUUUCAGAGCUGUUCAUACUGUUCUUCUAUUCAGAAUAUAGUUCAGCACAGCUAAAAUUGAUUUUGAAAAAAAAUUCUUAUAAAAUCUUCUCAUCUGAAUCCGCAACACUCAGAUUUUUUAUAAUUGGUAUGUAACAUAGUAUCUUUCCUCUGAAAAGUAUGUUCAAAUAAUACCCUUGAGAUCAAAACUGGCUACGCCACAGGGUUACAUGAUUGUUAUAAAUGUAUUGUGAUUUUUUUUCUGAAACAAAAUGGCCAAGGGAUGUUAUAUUUGGCAUUUAACAUCAUCUACUGCUCGUCUACUAAGUUUCUUCUUAUCAUGCCAUGGUGGUCAAAAAAAGCCAUGCCUGCGUGUCUGGAGAUUAAUAUUUUAAAUAGAAUUUAUAUUUGGUGUGUAAUAUCCGAUUAUUGUAUAAAAAUAUUUUUCAAAUCAUGCCAUUGGAUUUAAACGGGCCACACCCCAUCACAAAGUGAGCGAUCUAGAGCCGUUUUGUAUCUCUUUUUCUAAUUCAAAUUAUGCCAAACUAUUGCUUCUGAUGGCAGAAACUGGAGAAAUACGUUAAUAAGCAUAUGUGUCACAUUCAAAUGUUUGUUUUUUUGGUUGUUAUUGUCAAAAUGUUUUUGUUUUCAAAACCCAUUACGUAUAAAAAUAACAGCAAGUAGUGCGCAAUGGCCUAUGCUAUUAGAGAUUCUCUGUAUGAUAUUAACUUCUGGCAUAUCUAUAUUCAUUUCAUAUGCAGUUUUUGGUGGGUUUUUAUAGUUGCUUUAAAAAUCUGAAUAUUUAAAUUUGUAUUGGUUUUUCAUAAAUAAGUUAAUGUUGGUGGUGUCAUUUUAAAGCCAGGAUGUCGCACUUUGAGGUGAAAAUAAUUUGUUUAAAUGUUAAUAAAUUGUGUUAAAAAUAUAAAA